AUGACCAACGUCUCAAAGCAAGCAACGCCGCAACGCACACUUAACCCGUUGGGGGUCGCUGGGUUCUUUGAACCUAGUCCGUUUCUCGACCGCCUGGUCAGGUUUCUUGGAACUGUUGCUGGAACUGAUAAAGUUUUUAUGUUUGUCCAAUACUACUCUAAAAUUAUAAUAUGGUUCCUGUCACGUACAGGUAAAAAAACGGCAGCCGAACAAAUCACAAAUUUAGCUAUUCCGAUUUCCGAUUUCCGAAUAUUACUUCGUUACUAUGGUCUCCUACCUUUAAUCCAAUGGAUGAUCCACAUCGAGCACAACCCGCCCGCCACGCGUUUCCUACAUUUUAUAGAACGUAUACAAAACAUUGCAAAUAUUCUCUACUACCCGCUCGAACACACAUGGUGGCUCGGCCAACAUAAAGUGAUCUCACUCUCGGAUACGAAAAUGAAUCAGAUCGGGAUAUGGAGUUGUCGGUUCUGGGCGGUUUAUGUGAUACUGCAGUUUUUGCAUUUGUUUGAGGAGUGGAGGUUGAUAAAGCUGCGUCGUAUUGAGGUUUCCAAAAAGUUGGCGGCAACGGGUUCAUCGUCGACAUCAGAUAGCGCAAGUCGUGAAGAGGUUGAGUUGGAGAAGCAGGUGUUGGACACUAAUGCAGAGAGGAUUUGGCGUGAUACGAUUAUUAAUGUUGGGUAUUUCCCGUUGACGGUUCAUUGGUCGCUCGAGAACUCCUCAUUCCCGGAUAUUGGUGUUGGUAUUUUCGGAACUCUUGCUGCCAUCUAUCAAUUCAAAGCCUCGUGGAAAGCCGCUGGAUAA